AUGGUGAAAAUAUCAAUCAAGAUGAAUAUUUGUACCAGAAAAAAUGUUCUUAGGUGUUUAAUCAAAAGUCCUUGUGAAUCAUUAAGGUGCUCAUUUCGUCAACAUUGUAUCAUCGACACUACUGGGACACCUCUUUGUACCUGUAGAGUUUGUUCAGCCCAUGAUAUGAAUCAAGAAAUUAUCUGUGGUUCUGAUAAUAAAACCUAUUUCUCUGAAUGUGAUAUUGAACGUUCAUCGUGCCUUAACAAUUUAGAUAUUUCAAUUAAACACCGAGGUCAUUGUGUAAGUCCAAUCGAUAGAUCAUCAAUUGACCCUUGUGCCAAUGUCGUCUGUAAUUAUGGAUCGGUUUGUAUACCGCCAACUUUUGAAGGUGAAAAUAAUCCUAAAGGGUCACCUUUAACUUUAUGGAAAAGGUAUAAAGAUGAUUCAACCGGUUCUCCUGUUAAACCAACCAACUCAGAUGAUUCCAAUCAACACCAUGAAAGUACCAAUGUCAAUCUAUGCCAAUGCCCUUACUGUGAAGACUCAGGGUCAAGUGUUUGUGGGUCAGAUGGAAUCACUUAUACAAGUCAAUGUUCACUGACCACUGCCUCGUGUACAGAGAAACGUUACAUUACCACAAGAUAUGAAGGACCAUGUCAUACCUGUUCAAAUUUAACCUGUUCCCAUUAUGCUGUUUGUGAGAUUGACCCGGAAACCAGUAAACCUCAAUGUGUUUGUCCAAAAGUUUGUAUUCGUGACGAUAAUCCCGUUUGUGGGUCAAAUGGCCGUAACUAUGAGAGUGAAUGUGAAUUACAGAUGGCCUCAUGUCUCCAGAAAAUUAACUUGACCAUUGUCCAUCAUGGUUCUUGUAUUUCCAGUUUAUGCAAAUCAGUUGAUUGCAAAACCGUUGAUGAACCUGGUAAAUGCCUUGAAGGUCAAUCUUGUGAUUGCAAUCAAUUUAAUUGUCAAAUUGAACCAAUUGAACCAGUUUGUGGAGAUGAUGGUAUUACCUAUGCUAAUCAAUGUGAAUUAAGACAAUCAUCUUGUCGCAAGCAAUUUAAAUUAUCACAAUUAUAUUUUGGUACAUGUGAUCAAAUGAUGAUUAGUUUAAUCACAACUUCCACCAUUACCAUUGAUCCGAUAACUUCACCAUCUUCAUCAAUUGUCAAUCAAAACUCAAAUGAUAUCAAUGAUUUACUUAAUUCUGCCAAUCGUGCCAAAAAUAAUCACGAUAAUCAUGAUCAGGUUGUGAAUUCAAAAGGUGCUGAUUCAAUUGGAACCAAUGAUUUAGAUAAUAUUGACUCGCAAUUAGAAUCAUAUCAAACUUCAACCUCGAACCAGCAUCAUCAUCAUCAACAUCAUCACCAUCAUAAUCGUCAUCAUCACUCCCACAAACAACCACAAUCAACGAAUGACCAUCAUCCCAACCAAAUAACAAGCGAUCCUAAAGUGACCUUAAUAACAACAUGUGAUAACCUUUUAUGCCUUUUCGGUGCUUCAUGUCAAUAUAAUUCAUCUGAUUAUCCAUAUUGCCAUUGCUCCUUUCACUGUGAUGCUGAGCCAUUCCAAUCGUCCCCACCCUUACCAGGUGAUCCUUUUGAUGAAUCAUCACUUUCAUCUCUUCCUCUUUCCGGUUCCGCUGCUUUUGAAAAUGAUCGGAGACUUAUUUUUGUCUCUUCUCUUCAUGAAUCAAUCUGCGGUUCUGAUGGACAAUAUUAUGAUAAUGAAUGUCAAAUGAAACGGGAAUCAUGUAACCAACAGAAAGAUAUUUCAAUUGUUGAUGAUAAAUUUUGUGAGCAACAAUCAACUUCCGUUUCCAGUCAGUUAAAUACUGAUGAUAAUAAAUUGUUAACCAAUUCUAAUGGAACUAAUCAUGAGACCAAAAUGAAGUGUGAAUCAAGUGAAUUUGGUUGUUGCCUUGAUGGACAAACACAAGCCCUUGGUUCUGAUUAUCUUGGUUGUCCAGAACGAUGUUUCUGUAAUCGUCGAGGUUCCAUUGGUUCUAAUUGUGAUCCGGUUACUCGACAAUGUCGAUGUAAACCAGGAAUUGGUGGCCUUAAAUGUAACCGAUGUGAGGCCGAUUUCUGGGGAUUACAUAUGGCCAAAGGUCAAGACGGAUGCUUACCUUGUAACUGUAAUAAAUUUGGUUCAGUUCGAAGUGAUUGUGAACAAACAACAGGUAAAUGUGUUUGUAUUCCCGGUAUCAAAGGUCCAAAGUGUGAUAUUUGCCCACAAGGAACAAUUCUUGGACUUCAUGGUUGUACUCAUGGUAAGUUUCCAUCUUUUAAGAUAACAGGGAAUCAUAUGAAUAGAUUGAACUUUUCUGUUCGAAAAAGUUACAAAAACAAACAAACAAGUUACAAAGAAAAUACUCAAUGAAUUGUUUACAUGGAAUAGUAAAGGUAAAUAUUAACAUGGAACAAUUUUUUUUCUCAUAUAUUUUGAAUUCUCAAUAAACUUUAAGAUAAGUAGCUUUGAUUAUUGUAUUGGUUUUACUACUUGAUCGAACCAUUGAUUCGUGAACUUGUUCACAUUUAAAUAUAUAUAUUUUUCCUUAUCGUUGUUUCAUCGUCAUCAUAAUCAUCUAACAUGAUGAUAAAAAUUUUCAUGUCAAUCCAAUUCUCGGAUCAGUUGAGUUGAUUUUAUAUAAUAUCCAUGAAUAGUAAAGUAAAUGUCAGAAUUUCCAAUCGAUGAUUAAGUUUCCUAAAGCGACAAUUACGAUUCUAUUCACGUUCGUCAGAGCUUCUAGAUGCAAUGGGAAUGGCGAAAUUGUGACUUUCACUCAAUGGUUAAUAUUAUGGAGUAAUAAUGAUAAUAAUAAUAAUUGGGAGAAAAGCUUUUCUCUUGAAAUAGGAAAUCAGAUGAAAUUAAGGUUGGAGUGUUGGGAAGUGGCAGUUGAGAUGAAAUUGUGAUGAUUUAAAUGGUUAAGCUUAUAAAUUGAUAACUUCCGUUUCCAUUCAUUUCCUUAUUAUCAUUGAGUUGAUUGUGAUAAUUGAUGAAAUCGAUGAAUAAUCCAAAAUGAUGGUGAUUAACUUUACAGCUUGAGUAUUAAUUGUAAAAUCAGUUUCCACUUGAAUUGAUUUUUUAAUCACUUUCAUUAAUCUAAUUAUCGUCAGUUUUGUCAUUCGCCAUCCCAGUUAAUUGUUAAACUUUUUGACAGCAUCAGUUCCGUUUCCUUGAUUUACCUUUUUCUCUUCUUGUUCCUUUUUUUUCAUCUAAUGUGUUUUUCCUUUGUUUUUCUUCAUCUAUCGAUUUAAAUUAUAUACAAUUAAAUGAACAAUUUUCUUUAAUCAAUUUUAAACCCAUCAUAACAGAAGCAUUUUAAAUGAAGUUAAUUAUUUUCUCAACAAUUAAGUUAAUCACUGAAUUGUUUUAACAGAAUAAUUUACCUUUUAAAGGAAAAGUUUAAAAAGAUAAACAAUGUUACUCUUUUUCUUUCAAUUUCUUUACUUUUUUUUACUUUUUUUUCCAAUGGAUUCAGGGUAAUUUCUUAUGAGAACUUCAAUGAACCAGAAUAGAAGUGUUUUCUUUUUUUUGUUUGGAAAACAAUCUACAAAUAAGAUUAGAAC